UUAGCAAUGAAAUCGCCGGUUAAUGUAAUGUAGAUAUCAUUAGAGAGGCUGUGCUAUAGAAAUGAGUUGUUGUUGACUGACAUAAAGCACAGACUCGUCAAUGAAGAUGACAUCAAAAUUGAAUGCAAUGUAAAUGUUUUGCAUCACAUGUUGUGUUUAUGACUGUAAUAUAAGACCAGAAUUUCCAAAACAAUCAAUUUUUUGUUUUCAUUUUCACUGCAACAUCACUGAUGAGAUGACAAUUGAAGUUAAUGUCAAACAAAUGUUGAUAUUAUGAUAUACUUGUAAAUUGAUUGUCAUUGAAAUUACUAUAUACUGUAAUAACUAUCAGCUGUCUUAACAUUGAUUUACAGUAUGUGUACAAAAUAUAUUGCAUUCAAUACACUGUUAUAGCAAUUAUCACUACAAUAAUUGAAUAUAGAAUUCAUAUAAUAAUUAUUACAUAAAAAGCAAAUACGAGUUAUUUUUAUAACAAUUGAUUGCAUUAACUGUUUUCAUAUAUAAAGUGAUUAACUGUAAGACAACAAAAAGUUAAUGAAUUCUGAUUUUGAAGAAUCACUCGAGUCAUGUCCUGAUGAGACACCGACACAGACUAUCGACCGACUGUCCAAUCCAUCGGACACUGAAUUAUCAGAAGAACUGUUAGAUGACGAUCCAGUGGUACAAUCAAUCCCUCAUCACCACCAUCUUCAUCAUCAUCAUCAUCAUCACCAUCACAUGCAUCUACACGAUCAUCACUAUGUAGACCAUCAUUCAGACCAUCGUUUGGCUCACUUCUACAUCGAUGACGAGGAACUGACGCGUCAAAAGUUGGCACAAAAUUUUGAUGAUUUCGAUGAUUCAGACAGUUAUGAGUGUGAAUCCAAACAAGUGAUUGUCGGCAUCUGUGCGAUGGAAAAGAAGACAGAGUCGAGACCAAUGAAAGAAAUAUUGACACGACUUAAUGAGUUUGAGUACAUUAAGACUGUUGUCUUUACAGAAAAUACUAUUCUAACGGAACCGGUAGACAAAUGGCCACUUUGUGAUUGUUUAAUAUCAUUUCACUCAAAAGGCUUUCCAUUGAGUAAAGCCAUAGAAUAUGUAUCACUUCGCGAACCAUUUAUUGUAAACGAUCUUCACAUGCAAUAUGAUCUUCAGGACAGACGUAAAGUGUAUCGCAUUUUAGAAGAGGCAGGCAUUGAAUUACCCCGUUAUGUAGUUCUCGAUAGAGACUCUCCUAUUCCUGAAGAACGAGAACUUGUUGAACACGAAGAUCACAUUGAAAUCAAUGGCGUUGUCUUUAAUAAACCAUUUGUUGAGAAACCAAUUUCUGCUGAAGAUCACAAUAUUUACAUAUAUUAUCAAUCAUCUGCUGGUGGAGGCAGUCAAAGAUUAUUUCGUAAGAUUGGCUGCAGAAGUAGUGUAUAUUCACCUGAAAGUCACAUUAGGAAAACCGGUUCUUAUAUUUAUGAAGAAUUUAUGCCCACUGAUGGUACUGAUGUUAAAGUGUAUACAGUUGGACCAGAUUAUGCUCACGCAGAGGCUCGUAAGUCACCGGCACUGGACGGCAAAGUUGAAAGGGAUAAAGAGGGCAAAGAAAUUAGAUAUCCAGUAAUCUUAAGCAACGCCGAAAAAUUGAACGCUCGUAAGGUUUGUCUUGCGUUCAAUCAAAUGGUUUGUGGCUUUGAUUUGCUUCGGGCUAAUGGAAAGUCUUAUGUUUGCGAUGUCAAUGGAUUUAGUUUUGUAAAAAAUUCAAUGAAAUAUUAUGACGAUUCCGCUAAAAUUCUAGGAAAUAUGAUACUAAGGAAUCUGGCGCCACAAUUGCAUAUACCCUGGCACAUACCUUUCCAGUUGGAUGAUCCACCUAUAGUUCCCACAACUGUCGGCAAAAUGAUGGAACUUAGGUGUGCUAUUGCUGUCAUCAGACACGGAGACAGAACACCCAAACAAAAGAUGAAAAUGGAAGUAAAACACCAGAAGUUUUUCGAGAUAUUUGAAAAAUAUGGCGGAUAUAAGGAUAGCAAAUAUCACGUCAAACUUAAGAAACCAAAACAACUCCAAGAAAUAUUAGACAUCGCAAGAUAUUUGCUUUUAGAAAUUGAUCAAAAUUCUGAUCCAGAAAUUGAAGAAAAUAAGUCAAAACUGGAACAAUUGAAAUCUGUUCUUGAAAUGUACGGACAUUUUUCUGGAAUCAAUAGAAAAGUUCAGCUCAAAUAUCAGCCUAAAGGAAGACCCCGACAAUCGAGUAGUGAAGAAGACAACCCAAGAGAUCCGUCAUUGUUAUGUAUAGUCAAAUGGGGCGGUGAGUUGACAGCUGGUGGACGUAUUCAGGCCGAGGAGUUGGGCCGAGUGUUUCGUUGUAUGUAUCCGGGAGGACAAGGUGAAUACGCGGGAACUCAGGGUUUGGGUUUACUUCGCUUACAUAGCACUUUCAGACACGACUUGAAGAUCUAUGCAUCUGAUGAGGGUCGGGUCCAAAUGACAGCCGCAGCUUUUGCUAAGGGCUUAUUAGCUCUCGAGGGUGAAUUGACACCAAUAUUGGUUCAAAUGGUUAAGAGUGCUAAUACUAAUGGUUUACUCGACAAUGAUUGCGAAUCAAGUAAAUUACAAAAUGCUGUCAAACGAAGACUUCAUGAUAUGAUGCAAAUGGACAGAGAUUUCACUAAAGAAGACAUUGAAACUCUUAAUCAACUUAACGCCCGUUCCCUACAAUAUGCACUCAAUUAUGUCAAAAAUCCUGUCAAAGCUUGUGAUAAAAUACACAAUUAUAUACAAGAAUUAAAUAUUUUGAUUAAAACUCGACGCGAAGAUUCUCGCGAUGAUUAUCAUCUAUAUUAUGGCGAAACAUGGGAUCUAAUGCAAAGACGAUGGUCUAAAUUAGAGAAAGAUUUUAAAUUGAAAAAUGGAUCGUACGAUAUAAGCAAAAUACCAGACAUUUAUGAUUGUAUUAAAUAUGAUUUACAGCACAACCAACACGUCCUUCAAUUUCCAAAUGCUGAAGAGUUUUAUACUUAUGCUAAAGCUUUAGCAGAUAUUGUGAUACCACAGGAGUACGGGAUUACUCAAAAUGAAAAGUUAACAAUUGGUUUAGGGAUUUGUUCGCCUCUUCUAAAGAAGAUUAGAUCCGAUUUGUUGACCAAUACUUUUGCUAAUGAAGACGACGAAACUGAAAGUGUUAAUCGUCUUAAUCCUCAUUACUCUCACGGCGUUUCAUCUCCCGGUAGACACGUGCGGACGCGUCUAUAUUUUACGAGUGAAAGUCAUAUUCAUUCUCUAUUAAAUGUUUUACGUUUAGGCGGUCUCUUUGAUGAAGCAAAAGAUGAACAGUGGAGACGAGCUAUGGAUUACGUGAGUUUGGUGUCAGAACUUAAUUAUAUGACACAAAUAGUUAUUAUGUUAUAUGAAGACCAAACCAAAGAUCCCACUUCUGACGAUAGAUUUCAUAUUGAGUUACAUUUUAGUCCUGGAGUUGUUUGUUGUUUACAAAAAAAUCACAUUAAAGGACCCGGUUUUAGACCACAAUCUAAAAGUAGUGGAAAUACUGUUAAGAAAUUAAUUACUUCUAACAGUUGUGAUAAAAAUCUUUGCCAUACAAGUUAUAAGCCUUGUAUUAAAGAGGAGGAAUCCGAUGACUUAUUAACAUAUUUAACAAUUGAAGAAUCAAUUAAUCCUUGUUUAUGUAAAAUUCAUAAAAGUUUUUGUGUUUCCACUCCUCCCGAAUCGCCAACUAUUCUUGAAGAACCUGAAUUAGAAGAGAAGACUAAAUCAUUGACACCACACGAUAAUCAACAAAAAUCUGAACCAAUUCCCAUAACUAUCACAUCAAACAACUCAAACGGUCAGUUAGACUCAACACCUACUGAGUCGAAAGCUCGCAGUUUUUCGCUAUCAUCUUCAUCACAGAGACCUCGUAGUCUUGAAAGUGAUAUCAAAGAGAAACAAAAGAAACAGAUCGACAAAGAAAGUACUCAUACUCUUAGUUGGAAUGACGUGUCCGGUGACUGUGAUUUUCCGGGUUGUCAGAUCAUCAAUAAGCAUCACCGGCACUCAAUCCCUGGUCAACUGAGCUCAUACUUCCGUCUCUGUAAUUUAGCUGAUUUGUCACAUUUCGGGUCGACCAGCAGUCUGUUUAGUACAGCUGUGAUCAGUGGUUCCUCGAGUGCACCUAAUCUUCAGGAAACUUUCCUUCAUACAAGUGCUGAAGGUUGUUCUAGUAUUCCAACGAUACGACCGCUGGAGACCUUACACAACGCAUUAUCGCUCAGACACUUGGAUUCCUUCUUCGAGAAGCUGACGUCAUCACCACUGUAUCGAUUGCCGCUAUCAUCUCCGAUGCGGAUACCUAUAAAUUCAAGCGCUCCGGGAAUGCCAUCACAUAGCAUGAAGAGCGGUCUUCCCAUAUCAUCGCCUACCAGUUCGUGUCAGAGUUUUGGUUGGAGUGGUCCGCCGUCUUUUGUGUCAAGUAGUGGUCCUUCUUCUCCCAAUUCAUCACAAUUGGAUCUAUUGGCCCGAUUUGCUAAAAGCGGUGACUCUGAGACUACAGUACUGGACAACUGUUGGAGUGGUCCGCCGUCUCCUCUCGACUCCAAAUAUUACAUAAACAAUAGC